UUUUUCCACUCAGCAUUUAUUACACACAUAUUUUAAAACGGAGCCUCCCGAAUAAUGGAAGAAAAUGAAGUGGUUAGAGUAAGGACGGCGGAAAACAAGAAGCCGAAACUGCGUAGGAUGUCACCGAGGACGUCGACUACCAGUGUCAUCAGCGCCGCAGAGCCUUCUCCACAGACACUCCGGAGAAACAACUCCAAGAAGCCUCCACUGCAGCGAGGCAGCUCGUUCACUUUUCUCACUCCUGGGACACCUUGGGACUUCAGUUUAAAGAGAAAGCGCAAAGAGAAAGAGGAUGACACAGUCAGCUUGUCCAGCUUCGACCUCAAGGAACCCAGCAACAAGCGUGUUCGACCUCUGGCAAAAGUUUCAUCCCUUGUCAACUUGAUUUCUCCGUCCAAGAAUGGAGCUGUGCGGCGCUUUGGUCAGACCAUCCAGUCAAUGUCCCAACGUAGUGACAGCAAGUCACCAGGGAUGUCCCUCAAAGCCAGCAGCAAGGCAGCAGGUCCCACUCCCACUAAGCGCAGAAACAGCACACUGUGGUCGGAGACACUUGACGUCCAUCAGAAGAACGCAUUCUCCACUAAAGAGAUAAAGAGACAAGAGGCGAUCCAUGAGCUCUACAGAGGAGAGCAGGAUCUCAUCGAGGAUCUCCAACUUGCUCGAAAGGCAUACCAUGAUCCCAUGCUCAAACUCAACAUCAUGACUGAGGGGGAACUAGCUCACAUAUUUGGGGACCUGGACGCAUACAUUCCCUUACACGAGGAGUUAUUGAUGAAACUGACGGUGGGAACUGGCCCCGAUGGAACAGUAGCUGAGAUUGGACAGAUAGUUAUAGACUGGCUGCCCGGUCUGAACGCUUACAAAAACUACUGCAGCAACCAGCUUGCAGCUAAAGCUCUGCUGGACCAGAAGAAGCAGGACAAGCUGGUGCAGGAUUACCUGCAGCGCUGUCUGGAGUCGCCUUUCAGCAGGAAGCUGGAUCUCUGGAGUUUCCUGGACAUCCCGCGCUCACGGCUCGUGAAAUACCCGCUGUUGCUGCGGGAGAUCCUCAGACACACUCCUCCCGAUCACCCAGAUGUAGCUAGUCUGGAGAGAGCGAUCACUAUCAUCCAGGAGAUUCUGUCUGGUAUCAACAUCAGGAAAGGGGAGUCUGAGUGCCAGUAUUAUAUAGACAAACUGGAGUAUCUGGAUGAAAAGCAGCGGGACCCUCUUAUAGACAACUGUAAGAUACUUCUGUGCCAUGGAGAGCUGCGGAACAAGAGUGGCUCGAGGCUGCACGUGUUUCUGUUCUCUGAGCUCCUGGUGCUGACCCGACCGGUCACUCGCAACGAGAGGAGCUGCUUCCAGGUGUACCGACAGCCCAUCCCAGUUCGAGACAUGUCUCUGGAGGACCUUCAGGAUGGAGAGAUCCGUAUGGGAGGGUCCUUCAGAGGGGCUUUCACCAAUGGAGAGAAAGCCAAGAACAUGUUUCGUGUCUGCUCUCUGGAUCCCUCCCAUGGUCAGUCUCACACCCUGCAUGCUAACGAUGUCUACCACAAGCAGCAAUGGCUCAACUCCCUACGCACUGCCAUGGCCCAAAUACAGCGAGCUCCAACCACGGAUCAACAGGGAGAAAAUGUCCAAGCCAAGCGUCGCUCUUCUAUUAUCUCUGCCCCCAUCUGUGACGGGGAGACAGAUGAGAACUGUCCGCCUGUCUCAGGCCCUAAACUCAGGCGGCAGGCACUCUCCAAAACCAGACUGGACAAGAAGUUUCAGGGCUCGCUAAAGAGGAAGGAGACUGGUGUGUAGACAUGUGUAGAAACGAGGCGUUCUUCUUAGACAUGUGUCCUAGUAGUUCCUGCUACAUUUUCAUGCAACUAACCACUAUUUGUAUGCGUUUACUUUUGUCCUUUUAGCUGCACUGAAAAACAUUAUCAAUCAUUUCCGUCCAGUAUCCAUCAAAUUUGAGUCUUUAAAAAAUGUAAUUAGUUUACAAAACAAAUGACAGUGUGGCUGAAAUGUAUGUUUACACUUUGUGUGGAAGUAGGGGUCUAUGUGUCUGCCUAGGUUUCAAAUGAACUUUGUACCGCUUGUUUUUCCAAUGUCAUGACUUUUAAACUUUUAGCGUUUUUUAUUUAAAUGUCAGGACAUCCGUGUUACAGGCAGAAUGUGUGCAGUUGUAAGUGUUAACUGUGUCAAUAUAAGGGAUCAAGAACUUGUGAUAACCUCAGGUGUCAGUGUCAAUAGUGGGAAGACUCAUCAGACAACGUUUGAUACGAUGUAAAAGAACACCGCUAAGAACACUGACCAUGGAUACUCUAAAGUGGAAAACAAUUCUCUGGGGGAAAAAUAUGUAAUGAAUCUGUGUAUUGAGUAAGAGUUGUCCAUUGGGGAACAAAUAAAACCCUAAGUUUGUACAA